CGGAGAGUCGGAUCUCUUCAUUUCCCUCGCUCUCUUUUCACGCCAUCGGAGCUUUUCUCUUGCAGACUGCAACCGACUCCAACCGAAAUUCACGUAUCUGGUAAGCCUUAGAUCCCUAGAUCUAUUUUCAAUCAAUCUCCACCGUCUGAUAGAUCGGUUUCCCUGUGAAAUUCCCAAAAUUUUGAGGUUUUUCGGUGAAAAUCCGGCCUCAUACGGUUCGACCUGCAGUUCGAUUGCUAAAGAUUUUGUGGAGUCCCAAGCAUUUUCCGUGAAGUUCGUUCUUCUUGAUCCAUUUGAAGUUUUUUUACUAUUUACUCUCAGUGGGAGCUGUUUGAUCUGAAUUCUACUGGAAAUUUGAGUCUGGAAGCAUUUUAGCCCUAAAUAUUUACAUGAAGAUCAAAUAUUGAAUUUCAGAAUCAUCUCGGGAAGUUUGUUUCUGGAUGAUCCAUAUCUGUUGCUGGACGAAUCCAAUACUCUAAUGGCUGCCGCAUCGAUCUCAAUGAUCUCUUCUUCGAUCUGCACAACUCUGUUCUCUUUGAUUUUCGUUGUGUGUUUAUGCAAUGGGUUUUAUCUUCCUGGCAGUUACCUGCACACAUAUUCACCAGGCGAAGAGAUCUAUGCUAAGGUGAAUUCCCUAACCUCAAUCAAGACAGAGCUUCCAUUCAGCUAUUACAGCCUCCCUUACUGCAGACCGCAAGGCGGAAUCAAGAAGAGCGCAGAGAAUUUGGGGGAACUCCUCAUGGGCGACCAGAUCGACAACUCUCCUUACCGUUUCCGUAUGAACAUCAAUGAGUCGGUUUACCUCUGCACUACAAAUCCUCUGACUGAAGAUGAGGUGAAGCUCUUGAAACAGAGAGCCCGGGAUAUGUAUCAGGUGAACAUGAUUCUUGACAAUUUACCCGCAAUGAGGUUCGCCCAGCAGAGGGGAGUUAAUAUUCAAUGGACGGGGUUUCCAGUCGGUUACUCACCCACCGGAAGUAACGAUGAUUAUAUCAUCAACCAUCUGAAAUUUAAGGUUUUGGUUCGCGAGUAUGAAGGAAGCGGUGUGCAGAUAAUCGGUACUGGAGAAGAGGGGAUGGGUGUAAUUUCUGAGGUGGAUAAGAGCAAGGCAUCUGGGUAUGGGAUAGUUGGAUUUGAGGUCGUCCCUUGCAGUGUUAAGCACGACGCAGCAGCCAUGUCCAAGCUUCAAAUGUAUGAUAAAAUUGGCCCAGUAAAUUGUGGGUUUGAAGGUGAUAAAUCUCUGCUCAUCGAGGAGAAAGUAAGGAUUGCAUUCAGUUACGAAGUUGUGUUUGAGAAAAGCGACAUUCGGUGGCCGUCGCGAUGGGAUGCUUAUUUGAAGAUGGAAGGUGCCCGUGUCCACUGGUUUUCGAUCAUGAACUCGCUGAUGGUGAUAUUGUUUUUAUCAGGGAUUGUUUUCGUUAUAUUCUUAAGGACGGUGCGAAGGGAUUUGACAAGGUAUGAGGAAUUGGAUAAAGAAUCUCAAGAGCAGAUGAAUGAGGAGCUCUCGGGGUGGAAGCUUGUCGUGGGAGACGUGUUUAGAGAGCCAGAAUGCUCAAUGCUGCUCUGUGUGAUGGUCGGAGAUGGCGUUCAAAUUGCAGGAAUGGCAGUUGUAACGAUCAUCUUUGCGGCUUUCGGGUUCAUGUCGCCAGCUUCUCGAGGAAUGCUCUUGACAGGGAUGAUUCUUCUCUAUCUUUUCCUUGGCAUUGCAGCUGGGUACGUUGGAGUUCGUGUUUGGAGCACUAUCAAAGGCAGUUCGGAUGGGUGGAGAUCAGUUUCCUGGUCGAUCGCAUGCUUCUUCCCCGGAUUCACUUUCGUCAUCCUCACCAUCUUGAACUUCAUUCUCUGGAAAAGCAAAAGCACUGGUGCCAUCCCCAUUUCUUUGUAUUUCACGCUUCUGUCUCUCUGGUUUUUUAUCUCGGUCCCACUCACGCUCUUGGGAGGGCGCUUAGGCACACGGGCCGAGCCUAUAAAGAUCCCGGUGCGGACCAACCAGAUCCCAAGAGAAAUCCCUGCAAGGAAGUACCCGGCAUGGCUACUUGUCCUCGGUGCUGGCACACUUCCAUUUGGGACUGUAUUCAUCGAGCUCUUCUUCAUCCUGUCCAGCAUCUGGCUUGGGCGAUUCUACUAUGUCUUUGGGUUCUUGUUCAUUGUCCUUCUCUUGCUCAUCAUUGUCUGUGCUGAAGUGUCCGUGGUCCUAACCUACAUGCACCUCUGUGUGGAGGAUUGGCGGUGGUGGUGGAAGGCAUUCUUCGCGUCUGGCUCCGUCGCCCUCUAUGUGUUCUUAUAUUCAAUCAACUACCUGGUGUUCGACCUCAGGAGCUUGAGUGGGCCUGUCUCUGCCAUCCUCUACCUUGGCUAUUCCUUGAUCAUGGCAUCGGCGAUCAUGUUAGGCACCGGCACUAUCGGCUUCCUAAUGUCCUUCUAUUUCGUGCAUUACCUUUUCUCAUCUGUCAAGAUUGAUUAGAAGCCGCUGAACUCGAUUGGGGAAGAUCAAUGGCCUACCCUUCUCGAAUCAUCAGAAAUCAAUUAAAACACUAAAUACAUUUAGAGAGUAACUCACUUCAAUCAUUUUUCCUGUGAUCCGCAAAAAUCUUGCUUUCAUUUAAACUGCUUCUACUCUUAAUCUGUGGCAACCUUUUUAUUUCCCUGUGAUUUUGGAGCAUGGAGAUCCUGUCAAAGGCGUUAUCUGAUCACGGUCCAGUACUAUCUCGAUGCGGCCCGGUGCGUCUCUUUUCUGCGAUUUGCAAGGUGAGAGGAUCUCUAUGAUUGUAGUCGUCUACAUUGUAGUUUAGUUGUCUUCUUCUUUUAUUUCAUUUAUUUAAGUUCUGUAAAAGAUGCUUUGGUAUCAUUGAAAUUCAUUUGAAUCCCCGUACUAGAAACCUUGGCCUGAAU